AAUUGAACAAAAUAAACCUCUGUUUUCUUAAACACAACCUCUUGUAUGGCUAUUUCAUCGUUUGUUAUUCCGAUAUUAUUAUGUUACUUGCUAAUAUGGACAGGUACUUCGCAUGCCAAUGGGUGUUUUAAAUCUAUUAUAAGUUUUGGUGACUCUUUAGCCGAUACCGGAAAUUUGAGACAAUCUGUUUCUAACUCCGAGUCACAACCACCCCAUUUCUUUUUUCCGCCUUAUGGAGAGACCUUCUUCCACAAAGUCACCGGCCGGUGCUCCAAUGGCCGCCUCAUCAUUGAUUUCAUCGGUGAAAGUUUGGGCCUACGAGUACAACCAUAUGAGAGAAUGAAGACACACAAUGUGAUGGAGAUAGGCCAAGGAGUGAACUUUGCGGUAAUUGGUGCAUAUGCAUUAGAUUCAUCAUUUCAUGAAGCUCAAGGAAUUUACAAUCCCUACACCAAUGAUUCUUUGGGUGUUCAGCUAAAACGGUUUAAGGAUAUGCUAGCUUCUAAUUGCAACAAUAUUGUAUCAGAUGGCAAAAACUUACUUGGAAGUUCUUUAAUUCUUAUGGGAGAGAUCGGAGGCAACGAUUACAAUCAUCCAAUAGUAGCCGGGAAACCAUACGAUGAACUCAAAUCGUAUGUUCCACUUGUUAUUAAGACCAUUGUUUCGGCAAUUAAUGAUUUGAUUGAGCUAGGGGGGAAAACAUUUGUUGUUCCCGGAAACUUACCUAUUGGAUGUUUGCCGACCUAUUUAGCAAUUUACUAUGGCUCUAAUAAAGUGGAAUACGAUAAUGCAACCGGUUGUAUCAUCGAGCUAAACAAGUUGUCAGAGUAUCACAAUGAGUUGCUCCAAAUAGCCUUAAAUCAACUUCGUGAUCUUCAUCCUAACGUUGACAUCAUAUAUGGUGAUUAUUACAAUGCUGCCAUGCAGUUUUAUUUUUCUCCACUCCAAUACGGAUUCACAAAUGGAGCUCUAAGGGCAUGUUGUGGAGGCGACGGACCGUACAACUACAAUCCUCUUGUUCAGUGUGGGGAUCCAUCAUUGAAACCUUGUGAACACCCAGAAACGUAUGUAAAUUGGGAUGGAUUGCACUUGACAGAAGCUGCAUAUCGAGUGAUUUACAAUAGUUUAUUUCACGGAAAAUAUACGACACCACAUUUUUCUUCUUUAUGCCCCACACCUCUUGUAUUUGCUACGGAUGAUUCGUCGUCCAGUUUCAUUCAAAGCUUCAAGUCCACCAAAUACAAAGGUUCGUAAUUUAUAUCUUUUAGGGAGGGGAUUUCCUCACAUUGUUUCAAACUUUGACCAUAUUUUUUCGAAUCUUAACAUUUGAUUUUAAUAAAAGUUUAAGAUUCGUCUAACACGAGGGAAUCCUCACUCUUGUUUUUAAUGGAGACUCACGUACGUUUCAUUUGAAAUUUUUAUUAAUUUGUAUCAUUAUUGUUAAUUAAUCAUGUGGAUGUACAGUUUGUAUUAUUA